AUGGCCGCCAACGGCUCGCCAGCCCCCAACCGGCAAUACGACACAGAAGAGCAGCGCGACGCAGCAGGAGCAACAGAAGCCACUCCCCUCCUCGCACGAGAAGCAAGCGGCGACCAAAGCCAACCGCAGCGCGAACGCUCCGCCGAAUCCCUCCUGCAAUCCAUCCAGAAUGGCGGCAGCGGCGGCAGCGGCAAGAAGUCGUUCGCGAAAGCCCGAUGGCCUAGCAUUCUUGCGCUGCUACUGCUUUGCAUUGCUGCGGUGCUGAUUAUGGUGUUUGCCUUCUUUGCGCCGAGUGUGGUCGAGCAGUAUGCGGCGGAAGCGGCGGUCUUCGAACCUACGAGUUUGAGUAUCGACUCCUUCACUACGACUGGGGUGCGCGCGAGAGUGCAGGGAAACUUCUACAUGGAUGCUGCAAGGGUGCAGAAGAAGAGUGUGAGGGAUCUGGGCCGCUUUGGCACAUGGAUCGCAAGAGAGGUCGAGAGUGGGGACAGUGAGGUGGAGGUCAGUCUGCCGGAGUACGGGAAUGUGGUACUCGGCACGGCGGUUUUGCCAUCUAUCAAAGUGGAUGUGCGCAACGGACACACCACCCAUGUUGACUUUUUGAGCGAUCUGGCUCCGGGGAGUAAAGAGGGGAUCCGCCGAAUUGCGAGGGACUGGAUCGAUGGGCGGCUCGGGCAGCUGAGGGUCGUGGGCAAGGCGCGCGUACCGAUCAAGAGCGGCGUCUUCAGUCUCGGCACGCAGUCGUUGACGCAUGAGGUGUUGUUCGAUAAGAAGGAGAUCCCGAGCAUUCCGGCGUACGAUAUCCAGCGUCUGAACUUCCACGAUCAAGAGGGGGCGCGAGGCAUGCAGGCGGAUGUGUCGCUUGCGGUGGCCAAUCCCUACCCCGUCGAUUUUGCUGUGCCGCCGCUGGGAUUCCAGAUGCUUGUGCAGAGCUGCGAAAAGACGGAUCCGUAUAUCAAGGUUGCCGAUGCCGCCACUGACGACAUGCACGUUCGGCCGAAGCAUGAUUUGGAACUGAAUGUGACGGGCGUGGUGCACAAGCUCCCGGAACCGUUGACGCAGAACUGCCCCGGCGCGGACCGAUCGCCUCUGGACAGGUUCUUGGGCAGGUACAUUGAGGGCAAGGAGAACACCGUCUAUGUACGCGGUGCGAAAUCUCCUUCCGACAAGACUCCACAGUGGGUGGAAGAUCUCAUGUCUGAUAUCGUUGUCCCUGUUCCUCUUCCUGGCCGUGGAGAAGGCCAUCUCAUCAAGGAGUUUGCCCUCGCCGACACCAACUUCCAUCUUCCGGAUCCCUUCGCCGACCCGAGCAAGGUCGAGUCGAAACCGCGAAUUAGCGCCAAAGUCAAGGCCUUGGUGGCGCUUCCGGAAGAAAUGAACUUCAAUCUGUCGGCAAAUCGUGUCCGCGCUAACGCCGACGUCUACUACAAGGGCGACAAGUUCGGCACGCUGGAUCUGAACAAGUGGCAGAAGGCCAACAGCACGCGCAUCGAAGCCACCAAGCACGAAGGCCCGGGAUUGCUGGUGGAGAGCUUUGUCGACAAGGCGCCACUCAAUAUCGAAGACGAAGAGAUCUUUGCCUCUGUGUUGCAAGAUCUGGUGUUCGGGGGCAAGAAGGUGGUCUUGCACAUCAAGGCCAGCGUGGACGUGCAAGUUGAGACGGCGCUGGGCGAGUUCAAGGUGCAGCGCAUCCCUGCGGAGGGCGAGGUGCCCGUCAAGCGUACGGGCAGCGGCGCCAUGGACCCCAAGCUCGCGCCCAAGAUCUCCGACCUGCAAAUUGUCGACACCACCCCGUCGAGCCUUACGAUCGCGGCCUGGAUCAACAUCACCAAUCCCACCAACUACUCUGCCUCUGUGCCGUAUGUGGAUAUUCACAUUGUCAAGAAUGGCUCCGUCCUCGGCCGCGCGACUGCACGAGAUCUCCACAUUCGACCAGGGCGGAAUGACAAUCUGCUCAUCCAAGCAGUCUACGACCCUCUAUCUUUUGGUGGACGCAAAGCCAAAGACAUCGGCCGCGAACUCCUCUCACAGUACAUUUCCGGCUGGAACACCACACUAUCCGUGCAAACCCACCGCGGCACCAUCCCCUCGCAGCCGAAACUAGGCGAAGCACUUUCGAAAUUCAUAAUAGAGAUUCCCGCCCCUCGCCUAAAAGCUCCCUCCCCACCCGACGACGGUGACAACCCACCCGACGACUCCCCCGACGACGGCAAAGGCCACUUCAUCCGCGACGCAACCAUGCACCUCUUCUCCUCCACCGCAACCUUCACCCUCUUCUCCCCGCUGCGCCACUCAACCCUCUACAUCGAAGACCUCGACGCCACGGCGCUCUACAAAGGAGACGAUGUAGGUCGCAUCGAGUACGAUCUCCCCUUUGCCGUGCCGCCUGUGGAUCGAGAUGGUAAGGGCGUGACGACGCCGCGAUUGCCUGUGCAGUGGAAUUUGGGUUCGGUGGGAUAUGAGGCUGUCAAGGGGGCGCUGGGGGGGACGCUGAGGUUGGCUGCUAAUGCGGAGGUGGGGGUGAGGCUGGGGCGGUUUAGGGAGAGGAUUUGGUUUCGGGGGGGUGGGAUUGGGGUGAGGAUUAGUUGGUAG